CUGUAUGAAACGUGCAAGGAGAAGGGGAUCAGUAAGUCGGGGGCGUUAGUUGUUGUCUUUCCUUAGGCUAACGCGCAGAUCAGCCCUCAUCACCAUCUCGACGCGGGCGUCGCUCAAGAAGUACCACACCUACAACCUCGUGCUCGGCGGCGGCGAGAGCGGCGACCAGUGGGAGUUUCAGCGCAUCGGCACCGAGCGCGAAAAGAUGCAUGUCGAGCGGGAGCUGCAGGAACUCAGGGAGCGCCUGUCACAAGUGGAGAAGUGGAAGGCCAGGCACGAAGAAAUUGAGAAGGAGCUUGCCAAGGUGUGGGUUGAGGGCGGCGACGAAAUUGCUCCCCCGCCGUAUGUUGAGAGGACGGAGGCGAGGGAAGAAAAGGAUGUCGAUCCCAGGCCGGAGAGCGCAGAGGAGACGCAGGACGAGGCAGAAUACCAGGAGGCCCAGGAGGAGGUCGGUGAAACGGAUGUCGAGACAGAGGUCGGUGAUGCGGAGGGUGAUGCAGCGGGUGUUGAGUCGUCGACGGUUGUUGUUUAGGCGUGGCACAGUCCUAGGGAGUUUGGGAUGAUGGUGAGGUAUUUGUAUGGUAUGAGAGGCUUCUGUGAUAGUGAUAAUGUACAUAUGGGUGAUGGUUAUUCGUAUGGGAUGCG